AUGUCAUCGCUCGGAUCUUUGCUGUCCAUGUAUGGAUGUUACCAAUAUCACAAUAAAGUUGGUGGUGCUAGAAUUGAUCAUGAGGAGUUUGAUGCUGAGCAAGGCACUUCUGGGGCACCUAGAGAUGCAGAAAAUUCUAACAUGUCCAACGUUGUGAAAAGCUUGGGCCCCAAUGAGGAACGCCCUGUUCGCCAAAUUGCAGGCUUCUGGGGUUACGCUUUUCAAAUAAUUUUCCAGGUUAAUCUCCUAAAGCAAUGA